AUGCAGAAGACGAGCGCGGUUCGCCGACUCCCAUUGAGCCGGAACAAUCGAGCCCGGCGGUUUGUUGAUGAGUACUCCCAUUGGUUCAUUCCCUCAGGAGUGUCCUGGGGCCUUCAAAGGACUCCAGUCUCGAUGUCUGUGCCUCGAGUUCCGAAGGGUCAUUGUAUAGUGGUCUGUCGGGGUGCGAAUAUAUUAGAAGCACUAGAUGAAAAACCUGACUUUGUUGGCUCUUUUGACAUAGACCAGUAUGUUUUCUUCUUCUUCCGAGAGACCGCAGUGGAGUACAUCAACUGUGGUAAGAGCGUCUACUCUCGAGUGGCGAGGGUCUGCAAGAGAGAUACCGGAGGGAAGAACAUCCUCAGCCAGAACUGGGUCACUUACCUCAAAGCAAGGCUCAACUGUUCCAUACCCGGCGAAUUCCCAUUUUAUUUUAAUGAAAUACAAAGCAUCUAUAAAGUUCCUGGAGACAACACUAGAUUCUACGGCACAUUCACGACAAGUACGACUGGUCUCAUGGGUAGUGCGAUUUGUGAGUUCGAUCUGUCAGCUAUUCAGGCAGCGUUUUCUGGCAAAUUCAAGGACCAAGCUACUUCCAGUUCCGCUUGGCUACCUGUUCUGUCGAAUAAAGUUCCUGAACCGAGGCCAGGGCAGUGUGUCAACAACACAGAAACUUUACCAGAUUCUGUGCUGAAUUUUAUUCGAUCACAUCCGUUAAUGGACGCUGCUGUAGCACAUAGGAAUGAUAGACCUGUAUUCUACAAAAGAGACCUGCUCUUCACUCAUCUUGUUGUCGAUAUAUUGAGAUAUGAUGUGUUUGGUGACAAGCUGGAAUUCGUAGUUUACUAUACUGGAACAAAUCUUGGACGAGUAUAUAAAAUAGUGCAAUGGUACAAUGAAGAAGGAGAACCUCAGUCUGUACUUCUUGACAUUUUUGAUGUUACGCCUGGAGAACCUAUUAGAGUGAUGGAGAUUUCAAAGAAGCACAAAUCUAUUUACGUUGCAUCCGAUGAAAGAGUGAGGCAGAUAGAUUUAGUGAUGUGUAACCGCCGGUACGACAACUGCCUUAGAUGCGUCCACGACCCUUACUGUGGUUGGGACAAGGAUACAAAUACCUGCAAACCUUUCACACCUGGAUUGCUUCAAGAUGUCAGUAACAGCAGUGCGAGUGUCUGCGACAGUUCUGUUGUGAAGAAGAAGCUCUCUGUAACAUGGGGACAAAGUGUUCAUCUUGGCUGCUUUGUAAAAAUGCCUCAAGUUUUGGCGUCGCAGACCGUGACAUGGUAUCACUACAGUAAAGAAAAGGGUCGAUACCAAAUAGUUUACAGGGGUGAUAAAUAUAUUGAAACAUGUGAACGAGGAUUGGUAAUCGUGAGUGUUACCGAAGCAGACUCAGGCAGAUACGACUGCUGGCUCGGUGGAUCACUGCUCUGUGCAUAUAAUAUAACUGUAGAUACCCAUAGAUGUGCUCCACCUGGAAAGUCACACGAUUAUCAUAAAAUAUAUUCUGACUGGUGCCAUGAGUUUGAAAAAUACAAAAAUGCUAUGAAAAAUUGGGAAAGGAAGCAAGCGCAAUGCAGCCGACAGAACGAUACAGCAGCCUCAGCCAACCAGAACAGUCAUCCAAAUGAAAUAUAUCGAACUCCAAUAGUGUGAAAUUUCUUCUACCCUUAGAGUAAAUUACGAGCUCUCGUUGACAAAAAUGAAACUUAACUUUAUGUUUACCCUUCCUUGACAGACUAUAAUAAUUAUAUUAAUAAUAAUAAUUAUGAACAAAAAUUAUGAGGGUUACUCAUAGAUGCCCUUCGUCCCUUGAAGACUGAUAGUUCUUUUUAUAACACUAAUAUUUAAGAAAAACUAAUUUAAAAAAUAUUAGUUAUUUCUUACGAUUUUAGUUUUGUUUUUUCGGUUUUUCAUCUUAUAAAUCAAAAAUUAGUAAUUAGCUAUGUAAUGAGUUAAUCAAGAGAAGGCAUUUUUUUCAAAGGAUUAUUUUUAGAAUAUUUAAAAAAAAAACGAAUUGUUACUUGAGCUCGAUUUCGUGACGAAGGAAGAUAAAAAAUAGUGAUCUUAAUGAAUUAAUGCUAUUGAAACUACGAUGGUUUCAGUGGGUCUGUGAUAUCAAAACUUUAAAUAUUAGUGUUUUUAUUUGGUUAUUAAAAAUCCUAUUAUAUGGAAGUUAAAUAGGCAAAAGUUAAAAAAAAAAAAAAUGAACUAAGUGACUAUUAGAAUAGGAAUUGUGCGAGUUGAAGCUAUGUUUUCUUAAUGACAGUUUUUUUCUACUGUGUAAAAUUAAAUUUAUUUCACUACUUCAAUGGAAUAUUACCAGUUAAAUUAGAUGAUAUUUUAUAAUCCUGAAAUUCAGAAGAAAAUCAGAAUUGUAGGACUUGUAUUAUAUACAUAUAGUUAUAGUUUGGUUAAGAAUUUCAAUGUCCACCCACUCUUCGCACUAGAAAAGAAAUCCUGUCAUUAGGAAAACCCACCUUGUACAGCAAAUAUAAUAUAAGUUAAUGAUAUAGGUGUACUGGCUAUUGGCUCCAUGUUCUUCAUUGUACCUCGGUAUUGUAUUGUCCUUUCUCCGUUUUACUUUUUUUUUAUACUUUGUAUAUAAAUAUAUAAAUUGAUUGAGCGAUAACUUUUAUGAAAUCUAAGUAGAAAUGUAUUUACCUCUUGUAUAAAGAAAUUAAAAUAAAAAUAUACCAACUGUGGUAUGUAAUGUUGAUUAGUACAUUUUUACCAUUGGAAUGGAUUAAGUAAAACUGUGUAUAUAUUUAUAUAAUGUUUGAUUUGUUUUUUUACAACUUUAUUUUAAUUGUAUAUAACAAUAUCAGUUUUAAAAACUGAGAAUUGCUGGUUAAUAUAAUUCUUUGAACAUCGAUAAUUUUAGUUGUCAGUAUAUAUGUACAUUGUAUAUUUAUUUGAUGUUCCAGUGACAUGAAAAUAUUGUAUAUAAAUUUAAGUGCUAAAGUUCAUUCCAGAUACCUGGAGUAAGUUAAAAUGGUGCUUUUAAGUUUGUUUGGUAUGUUCUAUAACCUAUUGAUAACACUGCUCUACAAACAAAAUAAAUCUUUUUAAAAAAAUGUAUGACAAUCAGCUGCCAAUUAGUUAUUUAUUUCUAAUUAUUGCAUUUAGAAAUUGAACAAUUUUUUUGUUGGGUUUGUGAAUAAUGGUGCAAUUAAUAUGAAUUCAUUUUAAUAUAAAUAAAAAUCUUCUUUUAUUCAGUUGAAACUGGAUAUUAUUUAAUACCCCUUCAUUUAAAUAUUGGUCUAAAAAUUAUAACUUGUUAGAUACAUUAAAGAAACCAUUAAGUCAAGAUUAUGGAGAUCGAUUUUACUUUUAUAUAUUUAUUUAACUAAUUCAAUCAUUGGAAAAAUUGAUUGGAAUGUGCUAUAAAUGAAAUACCAAACAAAAAAUAGUUUUAUUUUAUUGAGUGUUGAAAUGUCGCCCUAAUUCUUAGGACUUCAUCAAGGUGGCUCAUCUGAAAUCUUCAAAACAAUUGUGACUUGUUUUAAAGGUUUAAAGCACUUGUUAUAAUGAUUUCAGACGUACCUUAUCAUGAAGAUGAAGUCUUAAAAUAUAGGAUGAGAUAUUGGUACAAAAUAAAAUAAGACUACUUAUCCGUGUGUUAUUUCAUCAAUGACCAAAUUGUUUCACUAGUUUUCAAUAUGGUGAUUGAGAGCAAGAUCACAUUUAUCACACUGUAUAUAGAAUCCCAAGGGAUGCCGGAAGUAGUCGAUUAUGUCCAAAAUUAGAUAAAAAUAACUACCAUUUGAUGGCAAUUCUAUGUAUUGGCAUUAUUAGUGGUUAUUAAAAUUAUUAUAGCUUUAAUUAUAUCAAGACUGUUGUAUUACAUCUGCUCUCUAAGGAGAUUUAUUUUCUCCUCUUACUCGCCUCUCAGGCUAUACAGGGUUUUUCCCAGCCUAGGGGUAAGUUUUAAUGCCCAUGUUAAAUGCCCUUCCAGUGUUGUGAUUUGAACUCAUAAACUUAAGUUUAUCACAGAGUGCUCCAGGCAACCCAACUUUGCUCACGUGUUAGCACGCUAAGCCACUUCCCAACCGCUCUCUAAAAAGAUUUUUAAAAAAUCAAAGAUAUUUUUCAGUUUGCCAUUCAGAGCCUAAACUAGAGGGCAGGGAAAGGGUUCUAGCUCUGGGAAAAAGAAUUUAGAGAGUGCCAAAUUCGAGUUGUUUAUUUUUUGGUUAAACAAAAAAUUUUGUUUCUGUAUUUUAUUGUUUUGACUUUCAUUCAAUCAAUAAAACGAGUUAAUGUUAUAACAUGAUGAUAUUUAUUGGAGAAGGAAAGGAGGUAAAAAAAGAAGGGUUUCAAAAUUAAGCUUACCCCUAUUGGUAAAAUGAGUGUAAACAUAUUUUACACUUAUCCACUUUAAAUUAUGCCAGAACACCUGCUUGGUAAAGUCCUAACUUCGACUAAUUGUUAAUUUAGCUCAUGAGUGCGUGGAAGUCCAACAAUAGUGAUCUAUUGAAGCAGUAAUAAUUUUAACAAUCAGUUAUAAUUUCAAUUAACCCCUCCUUAAAAGUUGGGUUAUGUUACUAACUUAAAUGUUCUGUGUAAAUGAGGAUACUUCUGGUGAUUUUCACCAUUCUUUGUGUUUCUAUAUACAGUAUGAUCAAUCUGAUCUUUUGUUCAGCCACAAUCUUGGAAUAUUACCUUGAAAUCGGUACUCCAAAUAAUAAUUAAUUGACAAUUCAUCAAAAUUCAAACUGAUUUUAUAAAUAAAUUCCUUGAUACUCCCAUAUUCAUAAUUUUUAUUCUAUGCUGUUGAUGUGAUUUUUUAAAUUAUUUUAAUUUACUUCUGAAAUGAUGUUGACUAAAUAUUAGUGCAUUUUUUUUUCUAAACAUGAUUGAGUUCUGACUGCAUUGAUUAUUUUAUUUUUUGCCUAUCUUGUCUUGUCAAUGAUAAAGCAAUAUUUUAACUACGAGAAUAAAUUCUUGUUAUUGUUAAGUUUUUAUUUUCUCUUAAUAAAAGUUUAAAAACACUAAUGAUUGAUACAGAUUAACAGUUGUAGUUAUUUUUAAUUUGGAAAAAAAUUCAAUAUUUUUUCCUAAAAUUUUGCAAUAAUACUACAGUCAAGCCAACGAGACACAACUUUCUGUACAUAUCUCAUGUGCCUUGACAAUGUUUCAAUAUUAUAAUUUAUUUUGCUUUAACUAAAUUCAAUUAAAUAUAUAUAUAUGUUUUGGUGUAAUGUCUUUGUAGAGCAGUGUAAUAGAUUAAUGUUUUAAAAAUUUUAUCUAAAAAACAACAAAAACAAAAAAAAAAAAUGCAAAGACAAUGCUUCGACUUAGGAUAGUUAAUAAUCUUUCCAUUCCUGACACAAUGAAUCUAAAAGAGACAACCAUCUUAUAUUGUACAGAAGCUAUUGUAAAUAGUGUGUAUUUAAAUCUAAUUAUCAAUAAUUUUUCGAUAUCCAAACUUCAAAAUGUAGACAAUUAUGGCAAUAAGUUGUAAAGUGUAAAUAUUUGUAGAAUACACAGUCGUAAAGGAACUUUUCGACAGGUUGGAAAAGAGAAAGUUGAUAUAACAGUCAUUUUAAGGAAGGUGAACCUCGCUUGGUUUUCACUUAAAGCUUGCUCUGUUUACAAAUGUUAUUGUUUACAAAUCCCUACUUUGGUUAUCAUGCUUAGUUUAACCGUAAUCUUGUAAGGAUAAUGUAAUCAUUAGCAGCCAUAAUUUAUCUAAAAUAAAUCUGAAUCUUUCCAAGUAA